GAUAAACAUGGCGGCAGCAGCAAGGAUUUGGGCACCUGCCCUGUUCUUGUUGUGCAGUUUCUUACACAAGGACUGUCACGCGACGCGAUUCGGUCGGGUAGCAGACACACUUUUCUUCCCACCUCUUUCCGAAGGCGAGAAAAUGGGGCACAACAUACAAGUAUUAGAGUCAAAGGCUGAAGACGAGGUGGAUCAGCUCCUCCGACGAUACACAAGAUCGGCACCGACGCAGACGCAUCCACCCAGUGAUACUACAGGGGAUGCCCCGGAAACAAGCAUAUUUGAUCUCCAUGACAACCACACAACGCUAGUAGUCCACUGGGCAGGGGAGCAUAGCGAUGUCAUCAUAGCGUUGGCCAGGAAUGGACUUGGCAGUUCAGGAAGUAGGGUGUUUAUAUCAAGGGAUUAUGGGAAGACAUUCAGCAACAUCAGCAACAAGAUGCUGCACAAUGGGAUAAAGGCCGAGAUCACUCACUACUACAACACUCCUUCACACAACAGCCAUUACAUCUUCACGGACAUAGAGGACAAAUGCAUCUUCACCACCAGGGAUUAUGCAAUGACUUUCAACACAUACUGUAACAUGGCCUUCAAACCUCGACAGAUCUCCAUCAACAGUAUCAACCCAAACUUGGUUCUCGCCAUGGAUGAAGACAGCUUAACAAAAGAGCUGUUCAUAUCUGAGGACUUUGGUUUCACCUGGCGUAGGAUCGGCGACAAUGUGAAGUCCUUCUUCUGGGGAGUGGCUCCUUAUGAACUGCCUUCAACAAUCUAUGUUGAAGAGGAGCGGCCGCAUGGACUUGAAAUGUUAGACAUUGUAUACAAGAGCACAGACCUGUUCCGAACGUCUGCCAAUAAGGUCACGGUCAUUUCCGACGUCAAGGACUUUGAAGUCCGAGGGAAAUACCUGUUUGCUACGAAAAAGGUGCGGCUGUUGGGAGCAGGAGAGCAUUACACACAACUGUGGGUGUCAUCUGAUAGAGGGCGCUUCCUCAAGGCAGAGUUCCCCUCCCCUCACAACCACGAGUAUUACAUCGCAGAUGCUUCAGAAGAACAGGUGAUGGCUUGUGUGUUCCACAACAGCAGCGCAACCAACCUCUACAUCUCCGAGGUGAAGGGACUCCGCUUCUCGCUGUCGCUGGAAAGGGUGGUUUACUUCAAUCCCAAGGGAGCUAACAGAGACACUUGGCUCAGGUAUUACACAAAUGAGACCUUUGCUGACAUUCAUAGAGUUGAUGGCAUGCGAGGCAUCUACAUAGCAUCCCAGCUCCUUACAGGAACACUGGACAUUGACCAGCAGCGGAGUUUGAUCACCUUUGACAAGGGUGGGGAGUGGCAGCUGAUCAGAGCACCUGCUGAUGGUGACCGGGACGCUAACUGCUCCCAGGCUAAAGUUACACCAUGGUCAUCUAGAGAGCUGACGAACUGCUCGCUCCACGUGACCCAGCAGCUACACCGGUUCUACCCCAACACCCGCACCCCCCUCAUCAUGUCCCGCAAGUCCGCCCCGGGGAUCAUCAUGGCAUCAGGGGUCAUUGGCACCAAGAUCAAACACAACCCCAAUGUGUUUGUGUCCUCUGAUGCUGGGUACUCCUGGACCCAGGUGCUGCAUGGGGAAUACCUGUACACAUUUGCUGACCAUGGCGGGAUUCUCCUGGCAGCCAAACAGUUUGAUGUCACGGACACUGUGUACUAUUCCGUUGAUGAAGGCACCACCUGGAGGGCCCAGAAGUUCACAAAUACAUCCAUCCGUAUCUAUGGUAUCCUCACAGAACCAGGGGAGGCAACUACUGUGUUUUCUGUGUUUGGUUCACACACAGGACGUCACAGUUGGCUCAUCAGCCAACUCAACAUGACCAAUGUUCUAAAGUCCAAGUGUAAAGAUGAUGCAUACAAGAUGUGGUCUUUCACGAUGGUCAACGACACCAAGGGCUGCCUGCUGGGCCGCCGUACACAGUACCGCCGGAGGAUCAAGCAGACUGUGUGCUACAAUGGUUAUGACUAUAACCAAGAGAUCCGCCUGGAGAACUGUCCCUGCACCAGGAUGGACUAUGAGUGUGACUCCGGCUUCGUCCAGCGGAACACAUCGUACGACUGCAUCCAGGACCCUCGUGUAAACACUGCUGACAUCCACCGUGUGCCGAUUCCUUGUCCCCCAAACACCUACUACCCCUACACCCGCGGGUACCGCAAGGUUGCUGGUGACACCUGUCAUGAUGGCGAUGAACACCGGUUUGCUCCCCUCAUGUAUUCGUGUCCAAUCAGAGAGAGAAAGGAGUUUCUCUUGUUCUCAAAUCGGACCAGCAUUAACAUCAUCAACCUAGACGACAACCAUUUUGAAACGAUAGUUAGUCGGGGGACUGAGCACGUGACAGCAGUGGAAUUUGACUACGCCAAGAACUGUGUGUUCUGGGCUGACAUAGCGAUCAAGAGAAUCAACCGCUUGUGUCUGAACGGCAACCAUACUGUGACGCCGGUUGUGCUGCGAGACUUGUACACCGUGGAAGCACUGGCGCUGGACUGGACGGCCCACACCCUGUACUGGGUCGACUCCCAGAACCACAGCAUCUCCGUGGUACACACAAACGGCCGCUACAGACGGACACUGUACAAGGGAGCCAAUUUAUUGGAUCGGCCCCGGGCUCUUGUCCUUGACCCUCAUCAUGGAUACAUGUACUGGACCGACUGGUCCUACUACCAUGCCCGGAUCGCCCGCGCCUGGAUGGAUGGCACAAACAGUUCCGUACAGACCAUCGUCAACGGCUCCAGCGUCCGCUGGCCCAAUGGCCUGGCCAUUGACUUGCCCUCUGAGCAGCUGUUCUGGACUGAUGCCGGCCUCCACAAACUGUUUGUGUCCGACCUUGAGGGUCAUAACAUCCGCAUGCUUAUCCCACCGAACAACAUCUACUGGGCAGACUGGUCCAAGGAUGCAGUGUUGACGGCAGACAAGGAGCAUGGUUGGGGCAUCAUGGGGGUGAGAAGCCAAUUGCCGUCCAACAUCCUGGACCUGAAGGUGGUUUCACACACAUCGCAGCAAGCCAACAGCGCCUGCACACUAAACAGUUGCACCCAGCUGUGCAUGCCCCGCCCCCCUCCAGCUGACCACAAGUCUCACCACAACCGGACAUGCAAGUGUGGAGAUGGCGUGUUCCAUUCCCUCAGCCCCAGCGGAGACGAGCAGUGCAUGUGUGAGCCAGGCGAGGUCGACAACCAGGGUGGCAUCUGCACCCACAACUCAACCACUACGUGUGCUGCGGACAGAUUCAAGUGCCGAAACUCCAGAUGUAUACCCCUCACCUGGCAGUGUGAUAACGACAAUGACUGCAGUGAUGGGAGCGAUGAAGUGGAUUGUCCCUAUGCCACCUGCCCAGAGAACAGUUUCCAGUGCACAAAUGGACGCUGUAUCCCAGAGAAGUGGAGAUGUGACUUUGACAAUGACUGUGGGGACAGUUCCGACGAACGCAGUUGUCAUCACACCAACUGCAGCGCCAACAAGUUCCAAUGUCAAAACAACCGCUGCAUUCCCAAAACGUGGGUGUGUGACAACGACAAUGAUUGUCACGAUAACUCAGACGAGGUCAACUGCACCACAAUGGCUCCGUGUAGGUCGUGGGAGAAGAAGUGUGGUUCUGGCGAGUGUGUCAGCUCUCAGGCUUACUGUAAUGGGAUCUUUGACUGCCAGGACCACAGCGAUGAACACAACUGCAACCAGACCACCUGCCCACCCUGGCGACACAAGUGUGACUCAGGCAACUUGUGUGUCUCCUUCACCUGGAUCUGUGAUGGGGAGAGGGACUGUCCUGAUGGCAGCGUAGAGGAGCACUGUACAGCAACUGCUACGACCCCUGUCACAUCUUCAACGACCCCGCCAUCAUGUCAUUCCUGGCAGUUCACGUGCAAGAACCGCUUCUGUAUCUGGCAUGCUGCCAGGUGUGACGGCUUCAACGACUGCGGCGACAACUCCGACGAAGUGGAUUGUGGUGAGUGGCGACAGCAAGUGAAUGUUAUGUUUACAUUGUCAACGCUGCCUGUUUCAGAGACGACUUGCAGCACCACCGAGUUCUUGUGUUACUCGUCAAACACAGAACCCACGUGCAUCAGGGACUCUUGGGUUUGUGACGGCACGAACGACUGCAGUAGCGGGGAGGAUGAACGCAACUGCAGCGGGUUGGUGUGUGAUUCCGAUCAGUUCAAGUGCACCUACUCCUAUGGCUGUGUCUCACAAGGGCAAGUGUGUGACGGAAUAGUGGACUGUCCGGAUCAUUCUGACGAGAACGGCUGUGAUACCAACACAACAACGAGUCCACUCCCCCCGACAAGCACCUGCAAGCAUCCCGAGAAGUUCUUCCUGUGUCCCCAGGAGAAAACCUGCAUUCUGUGGUUGUAUGUGUGUGAUGGAAAGACCGACUGCAUGGAUCGGGCUGACGAGAACCUUCCCAUGUGCACAGCAGCAGCCAAUCGUUUAUCUGUAUCAGCCAGUGCUUCCAGCGAAAGCAUCACAGUCACCUGGAAUUCCAGAGACAAAGUGAAAGCUGGAACCAAGUACAUCAUCACAUGUCUUGACACCACGGACAGUACCAAGUGGGUCAACAGAACAGUAACUGAUGUGACACAGUUCACACUGAAGCACCUGCAACCCGUCACAACGUAUAAAGUGGCCGUGUAUGAGAAGGAAGGUGAACUGAUCCAUCGCCACUCCAACGUUCUCGCUGUCACUACACUGGAAGGAAAGCCUGGAGUACCAACCCAUUUCAUGUGUCACAUGUGGAAGGGAGAGACUCUGCAGGUGGUAAUGCAGUGGAAGGCUCCCCACCUCCGUCCACAGGCUGUGUAUCAGUACAGGCUACACUACCAGGACACUACCCAGGCUGGUGACAGGAUGGAGAUUAUUCCCACAACGAGUUCCACCACCAAGAGACAGUACUCGUACACCCUCACCUCCUCCCAGCUGGAGAAACACCAUCACUACAAGAUCUGGGUGACUGCUGUGUCAGAUGGAGGAGAAAGCGACCCCACCAAUAAAACCAGCAUCACCUUCCAACACCAGAACUGGAAGCCAGUGCAAGGUGUCAAGGUGACCAAGUCAAGCAAUACCAGCAUAACUCUGUCAUGGACAGCAAUCAAAGGCGUCGAAUCGUAUGUGGCCACCAUGCGGCACCAGCUGUCUUCAUUUGAUGAUGACUUGGAGACAAAGAAAACAGUGAAGAAUGCCACUGCAACAUUCACACAUCUCUGCCCUGGGACUGCCUACUCUUUCAUUGUGCAGCCAAUGUUUAAGGCCGGGCCCGGGGUGCCAUCACAAGUUGUCUACAAGAACACUGAAGGAAACAAGGUCCUGGCACCCAAGAAUGUCAACAUCACUAAGUCUGACGCCACCCAGGUCGACAUUCGGUUCCCUAAUGAUGAAGCAAAGAGAUCCCACAUCGUGUAUUACAUGGAGCACAGAGAGUUGGAUGUGGAGGAAUUCUUGCUUCAUGCGAAGAGGAAGAAUCUGAGGCCAACACAGGAGAGCUUCAUCACUGGGCUUCAGGCCUGUGAACGGUACUUCUUCAGAGUGGGAACAAUGGAAGGGUGUCCACUUGGACCUGUUGUCUCCAUCGAGACUGACCCAGAUACCAAGGCUCCCCCAAAGAACUUGAGAUAUACUUUUGUGCACCAGAAAGGGAAAAUCUCCGUCAACAUAACCUGGGAGGCGCCCUGUUACUAUGAGGGGGUUUCACUGUCAUUAUCAGAUUGUUUUAUAGUGGAAAAUAGUUGCCAGGGCUGUGUCUCUAACGUCACUGCCCCGAUCGCCCAGCCGAGCUCUAGAAUCCUCACGACCACCAACCUUGUCGCCAUCCUCGUCCCUAUUGGUGUCAUUGUCCUCAUCCUGGCUACGCUGCUGACAGUAUACAUCGUUCGGCAUCGACGACUACAACGCAGCUUCCUCGCCUUCGCAAACAGCCAUUAUGACCCACGCUCAGGAACUACAACCUUCACGGCAGCAGAUGAUCUUGGUGAUGAUGAAGACACUCCUAUGAUCCAGGGAUUCUCGGACGAUGUUCCACUCGUCAUUGCGUAA